AUGGGGUCCUCCGCUAGCCACGUUGCCGCCCCGCCCCCGCUUGCUCCUCCCGCCGUCGGCCUGGCGGUGGCCCUCCCACCGAAGCAGGAUGAGAGGACCGAGCCCCAGAAGGUCGACUGGUUGAAUCUCCCCUGUCCCAUUCCGUUGAUGUCCUUGAAACCGGAGCUUUUUGAGGGAUUGAGGUUUGAUUUUACAAAAGGGAUAAAUCAGAAAUUUUCACUCAGCCACAGCGUUUUCAUGGGCUCUAUGGAAAUGGAAGUUCCAUCACAGUCUUCUGACACAAUCAAAGUUCCUACUGCACAUUACGAAUUUGGCGCCAACUUUCUCGAUCCAAAGUUGAUACUUGUUGGAAGAGUAAUGACUGAUGGAAGACUAAAUGCACGAGUAAAAUGUGAUCUGAUCGAUAACCUCACUUUGAAGAUAAAUGCUCAGCUCACAAAUGAACCACAUUUCUCACAGGGAAUGUUUAGCUUUGAUUACAAGGGAAAGGAUUUCAGGACUCAGUUUCAAAUAGGGAAUAAUGCCUUCUAUGGUGCCAAUUGUAUCCAGAGUGUUUCACCAUAUCUAUCCUUGGGUGGCGAAAUCUUUUGGCUUGGUCAUCAGAGGAAGUCUGUUAUUGGUUUUACUGCUCGGUACAAUACAGAUAAUAUGAUUGCAACAGGGCAAGUUGCAAGCACUGGAAUUGUUGCACUUAGCUAUGUUCAGAAAGUAUUUGAGAAGGUCUCUCUUGCAUCUGAUUUCAUGUACAAUCGCUUGACACAAGAUGUCACCUCAAGUUUUGGUUAUGAUUACAUUCUUCGACAAUGUCGCUCGAGGGGAAAACUAGAUUCCAAUGGUGUUAUCGCUGCCUUUUUGGAGGAGCGACUUAAUAUGGGUGUUAAUUUCAUUCUUUCCGCAGAGGUUGAUCACCAAAAGAAAGGAUUACAAAUUUGGGUUUGGUAUGACUGUGGGAGAGCGAAGUUUCUCGUGUAA